AUGGACGUCGCCAUCGGAGCAGGUCCCUGCCGCUCGCUGCCGCCGGCGGUCCCGGGGGAGAUGGCGGAGGUGGGCGCCGCACCGCGACCCGCCUGGCCCCCGGCCUGGGGCGCCGGGCUCGCCUGGCACGUCUCCCUGCUGCUCCUGCUGGCCGCCGGCCUGGCCGCCGCCGCCAACCCCGGCCUCAAGGGCCGGGUCACCCGGAGCGCCCUGGAGUACGGCCGGCGGCUGGGGCUGGGAGCGCUGCGGUCGCUGCUGCAGGAGGAGCACGCGCUGAACCUGACGGGCACCUACCGCCUGCCGCUGCUCGGCGAGCUCGCCUUCGCCGUGCCCCGGGUCCGCGUCCGGCAGCUGCAGAUCGACGACUCCGCCGUGGACUUCUCCGAGGACGUGGGUGUGCGGCUCGCCAUCCGGCACGCGCGAGUGGAGCUCAGUGCCGACUGGGACGCCCAGCUCUGGGCCGUCCGCGACGGCGGCGCCGUGGAGGUGCGCGCGGGCGACGUGGCCGUGUCGGCGGUGCUGGCGGUGAGCGCGGGUGCCGGCGGCCGCCUCGCCGUCUGGAGCGCCGGCUGCAACUCCAGCGUCGGCAGCCUGCGCCUGGAGUUUCGCCGCGGGCAGAGCUGGAUCUACAACCUGCUGGCGCCGGCGCUGCAAGAGCCGCUGCGGUGGGAGCUCAGCAAGCACCUCUGCCCCGAGCUCCUCCGAGGCAUCCGCAGGCUCGAGGCUGUCCUGGGCAGCAUGCAAGUGUCCGCCCAGCUCGACCCCUUCGCCGCCAUCGACUACUCGCUGCUGCGGAGGCCGGAGAUCACGGCGGAGCACGGGGACGUCAGCGUCAAGGGCGAGUUCCUCGGGGUGGGCUGGCACCGGCAGAGCCCCUUCUCGGCAGCGCCGGUGCUGCUGCCUGCGGCGCGCGAGCCCAUGCUGCUCCUGGGCGUCACCGAGUUCGUCGCCAACUCCGCGGCCUUCGUGUACUUCACGGCCGGCGCGCUGCGCUGGACCGUCACCGGCGACAUGCUCCCGCGGCGCUUCCCGCUCCGGCUGGGGACCAAGAACCUGGGGCUCUUCUCCCCGCAGCUGCAGGAGCUCUAUCCGGACCAGCCCAUGGAGCUGCGCCUCUCGGCCCGCCGGCAGCCCCUGCUCUCCUGCCACCCCGAUGGCCUGCGCCUGGCCUUCUUCGGCUCCGUGGAGGCCUUCGUGGUCCUGCCCAACGCCACCCGUGUCUCUGCUUUUCUGCUGAAUAUUGACGCCAAUGUGACGGGGAAGCCAAUCCUCACCGCGAGCAGGAUCAGGGGCUCCGUGAGCCUGGUGGGGCUCAGCGUGGCGCAGGUGGAGUCGCACGUGGGGCCGCUGGAGGUGAAGAACCUGCAGAACCUGCUGAACUUCGGGCUGCGGAUGUUCGGGGUGCCCCACGCGAACCGGAAGCUCCGGGCUGGCUUCCCGCUGCCGGCCGUGCGCCACCUCCGCCUGCUCAACCCCCACGUCACGCUGCAGGAGGGCUUCGCGCUCAUCGCCACGGACCUGCAGUACGAGCCCUGA